AUGGAUGGUUACAGACGUGGUCGUGGUGGGCGGUUUGACCGCCCUGUGAGCCGGUAUCAUAACGAUUACAACAGUGUUCCCGCGUAUGGGAAGAGACAGAAUCACAAUCGACCACCUUGGAGAGAAGGCGUAAGCGGCGACCAUGGUAACAAGAGGGGUCUGUUUAUGGGCGAAACAUACUACCCGCGUCGAUCCAAACUGUCUGAGACCCCUUCUGCAGCCAUAAACGCGACGCGACGACCAUCUCCAGUAUUGAAAUACAAUAACGCGCAUUUUCAAGAACAAUAUCAUUAUUUUGACCCACAGGUCAAAAAACUGUUGCAUCGCGGAGUCAUGCGAACAUGGCAAUCAGAAAAUCUCCCGAAAUCCGGUUUCGUGAUUGUGCAGGACUCUCAAUCGACGGGGAAGCCAAGAGCGGUUCUCAAAGCUAGAACCCCGGAUCGGGUCGCUACAGACCCAAGAACUGCCCAUAUGGGUCAUGGAAAUGAAAUUAACAGAGUCCAUACCUUUAGAAAAGCUCGGGGGCAGCUACUGCAACUACCUCGUGUUGUACGCGAUAAACAUUCAGUGGGACCCCCACCGCCGAACGAGAUUGUAGUGUAUCCCAUGGGUUCCGAUGCACACAACUCUGUCGCUGACGCACUUAUAAAAAGUUAUUUUUCGAGCUUUGGCGAAAUCUCCCAUUUUGAAAGUUUCAGCGACCCCAGCAAUGCGUUGCCCUUAUACGUGUAUGUCAUACGGUAUACUGGUCCGCCCGGAAAUUUUGAUGCUCCUUACAAGGCUGCAUAUAAAGCCGCCAAGAAUUUCGAGAAUACUCAUUAUUUCGUAUCGGGGCUCAAGUUCGCCGUUGCUCUCAACAUCAAUCAUAAGUCGAAAAAUAUUGUCGACGCGAUCAUUGAAGAAAAUGCCAAACAAACCCUUAAGAUCAGAAGGCAAGUUGAACGACAGAAUAUUGGUAAGUCUCUGCCUGCAGGUCCCAAGGCAACAUUGAUACCGUCGGAUCUCGAAAGAGUUCUGCAAGGGAGGCCAUCACUAUACGUGUCCAAGAAAAUUAUAGCAAUUCACGGGCUGACUAUUGAAGAUUUCAAGAUCAAAUUAGCGAAAUACAAGUUUUCGAGAAUUGUACGCCACGAAUCGGGUUUUUAUAUUGUCUUCAAUGACAUUUCAGAUGCCAAAGCAUGCAUGUAUGUCGAAUCCGAUGUAUUAACCCUCAGCUCGAGAAGGAGACGGAAACCAGUCGUAAUAAGAUUCUCAUUGAGAGAAUCAACUUCACCUUCACUAGCCAGGGAUCAACAUGAACCGCACCGGAGCGCUAAGAAAGAAUAUACUUGCACCGAAGAGAUUGUGAAAGCCGCCGCCGAAAUCAUCAUACAAGAUUUGACUUUGGCUCUUAGUAGAGACUUGAAGAGGAGGGUCGUGGGACCUACGGUCUUUGACGCCUUGAGUCCUCAAAACUUCCCUGAAAUCCUUGCUCGCAAAGAGGAGGACGAAAAGAAGAGGCAUGAAUUAAGACGCAUCGCAGCGGCAACGAAACAAGAGCAACAGUCAAAGUCUUCUGCGUUUGAUAUCUUCAAUCUGUACGGGGCACGCUUUAGCAGCAAGACAAAUUCCAGAAAAAAUCAACGCAAAGCCACAAUAGCUGAAAGUGGCUCUAUGGAACUUCCACAAUCAGAUUUGAAGCUUGUUAAACCUAUGGCUCACUUGUUAAACGACGAUUCAGGUGUCAGUACGCCUUCAGUUGCGGAAACUCAGGUUGACGAAGCGGAGACCUCAAGUUCAUCUGAAGCGGAUGAGCUACGCGAAGGGUCUGAAAUUCUAGAGGAGCAGUUUUCUGAUGAUUCUGAGCGUUCUGGAAAAAGAGCCAAACAUGAGUCAUCUGAGGCAACAACUCCCGAAGCUGAUGUUGAGAAGUUCGUUUUGAGCAGCUCAAGAACCGAUGAGCUCAUGAAGAUACCUGAGAAAUAUCGACCAACGGCUUCUGAAAAACCAAGUACGAUAUUUUCACCUGAUCUGUUUGAUACUACAGGGCCAAUAUCCGCGGUUGAUCUACGCGAUGCUGUGAAGGAUGACGAAGACUUGGCAGUCUUGAGAACAUUGUUGAAAUCGGAGAGUGUUCAUUCAAUUGACGAGAGGAAAACUUUUGAACUGAGUUCAAUGUUGUACGCGAUGAGUCUUGCGUCUCAAGAAAACAAGAAGGUUUUUGCCCUGCAGAAUGGCGCAAAUGAUGUUGCAUUCAAUGAGUCUCUUAGAAGUGCUGCGGGCAGUUUCAAGGCUGAAGGGUUUAAAAAGAUAUCCGACAGACUCAAAAACUGUUAUUUACCACAUCGUAGGAAAUUGCAUCAACCGCUCAAUACCGUUUACCAUCAUCAAGAUGGUACAGAAGCUCACACCGAAGCACAUCGGGUAGACACCGAAAAGCCAGAUUCUGAUGGUCACCCAUCUGAGAUUAGUUCUUCAAGAGUAAACAGGGCUAUGAAUAGACGGUUUCAACAGGACAUCGAAGCCCAGAAAGCAAUCAUAGGAUCAGAAUCCGAACUUUUGACGCUCAAUCAGCUAACAAAGCGGAAGAAACCCGUGACGUUUGCUCGAUCCGCGAUUCACAACUGGGGUCUUUAUGCUUUAGAGCCCAUAGCUGCUAGAGAAAUGAUCAUCGAAUAUGUUGGAGAAAUACUUCGCCAGCCGGUUGCCGAAAUGAGGGAACGGACCUAUUUGAAAUGCGGCAUUGGAUCUAGUUAUCUUUUUAGGGUUGACGAGUCGACUGUAAUUGAUGCCACAAAAAAGGGCGGUAUUGCUAGAUUUAUCAAUCAUUGCUGUGAGCCCAGCUGCACCGCCAAGAUCAUCAGGGUGGACGGAAGAAAGAGAAUUGUCAUUUAUGCAUUGAGGGACAUUGCGGCUAAUGAGGAACUGACUUACGACUACAAGUUCGAAAGGGAGAUGGACGAUGAAGAAAGGCUCCCUUGUCACUGUGGUGCGCCAUCUUGUAAAGGAUACCUUAACUGA